GCUGAUAUGUACCACGUCCUUCUCAUAGUUCGGCGUACGUACUACCAGCUUGGUGAGCUGUCCUGCAUGUUUCCCGAUUCCAUCCAAAAGCAGACAAGUCCAAGAUGAACACCAAAGCCAUCCAUCCAUACACAUGGGUCCAUGCAUGUGAGUAUACUACUAUAUAAGCAAGCAAGAUCAGUGGUAGCAGCAAUCAAACAAGGCAUCAAUGGCGGUGACAAGAAGCAAGAGACCAGCUAGCUCCCUCCUGCCCGCCGUGGCGGCCCUCGUCGCCGUCGCCGGCCUCCUCUCCCUCGCCGGCCCAGCCGCGGCCACAGGGAAAACCGGCCAGGUGACGGUCUUCUGGGGCCGGAACAAGGCCGAGGGCACGCUCCGCGAGGCCUGCGACACGGGCACCUACACCAUCGUCGUCAUCUCCUUCCUCAGCGUCUUCGGCCAAGGCGGCAACAAGCCGCCCACUCUAGACCUCUCCGGCCACCCCAUCGCCGGCAUCGGCGACGACAUCAAGCACUGCCAGUCCAAGAGCAUCAUGGUGUUCCUCUCCAUCGGCGGGUUCGGCGACCACUACUCCCUCCCCAGCGCCAAGGCCGCCACGGACCUCGCCGACUACCUCUGGUACGCCUACUUCCCAGCGCCCACGCCGCGCGCCGGCGUGCACCGCCCGUUCGGCGACGCCUACGUCGACGGCCUCGACUUCUUCCUCGACCGCGGCUCGCCGGCGUACUACGACGUGCUGGCCAAGCGCCUGUGGAGCUACAACAAGCAGUUCCGCGCCCGGACGCCCGUGCAGCUGUCGGCGACGCCGCGGUGCGCGUUCCCGGACCGCCAGGUGCAGCGGGUGCUCGCCACGGGGCUCGUCACCAGAAUCAACGUCAGGUUCUACGGCGACGCGCACUGCGCCGCGUACUGGCAGCAGGAGUGGGACAAGUGGACGGCGGCGUUCCCGGAAGACUCCAUCUACGUCGGCCUGCCGGCGUCGGAGCAGACGGUCGGGUACGUCCACCCCAAGAACCUCUACUACGGCGUCGUCCCCGUGGUGCAGAAGGCGGCCAACUACGGCGGGUUCAUGAUCUGGGACCGAUACGCCGACAAGAAGACCAAUUACAGUAGCUACGCCAUUGAAUGGGCUUGAUCGAUGAUCAGAGCUCCAUCUCCAUCCAUGCCGUCUACUCUGUCAGUCUGUCUCUGUGUGUAUCUACUGUAGUGUUGUCCAUCUCCUCACUAGUGUGCUUGUGUGCAAGAAUAAAGUGAGGCAAGUGCAUCAAUAAACCGUUGAUAAUAUCGUCGCUAGUUUUGUACACGAUCCUCUGGAAAUAUUCAGCAUCUGGCAUGGAUACGAAUUUAAGUUCA